AUGACUGUGCCUGAUCAAAUGAUGCUCGAGGAAACACGAGAGGCUUUUAUGCUCUUUGACAAAGAUAACAAUGGCACUAUAGACACAUCAGAGCUAGGUGCUGUCAUGAGAUCACUCAACAUGAACCCAACAGACACAGAAUUAAAGGACAUGAUUAACGAGGUUGAUGGGAAUGGGAAUGGUAGUAUUGAAUUCGAGGAAUUUGUUGCCAUGCUCUCAAGAAAGCGCCGAGGAUCAGAAAUUCAAGAGGAAAUCAAGGAAACCUUUCGUGUGCUUGAUAGAGAUGGGAAUGGUUACAUAUCAGAGUCUGAACUACGUCAUAUCAUGGCCUCAGUAGGUAAUGUAGACCUUGUAGAAUGGGAUCACAUUUGA